AUGGCGCCAAAGAAGCAGGCGACGAAACAACGUGUGCGGGUCACCAACAAGGCCCUCGAGGCACGUCAGUUCUCCACCGUUCGUCUACCGCGCAAGGCGGAGAUACAGGCGCCGCAGGUGGACGUGGAGCGCAUGUACGAAGACCACGACCGUGGGAAUAGGCGCGGGGGCGAGAAACGAGGCGACGGCGGUGGUGAUGCCGGUGGUGUUAAUGCGCGAGAGUCAGUGCCGCUCAUCUUUGACCCUAUUCCGAACGAUCCACUCUUCGUCGUUGUGGCGAAUUCCAAGUACUGGCCGCCGCCACCGCUGGAGGAGCUGCGGGCGGCAAACGGUGCCCCGAUUGAAGAUGGCUUUGACGCGUAUGACCGUCGCGAGGAUGACAGGGCGGCGCGGAGGGAGAGGGUGAAGGCGGUGCGCGGGGAACUGAACCAUCCACGCGGAAAGCCUCGACAGAACACAAUUGUGAAGUUGGACGAUAGUGACGAGGAGAAGGAUGAGAAGGGGUAA